AUGAACCACCACCAGCAGCAGCCCCAGCCGCCGCCGCCGCAGCAGCAGCAGAAGCCCGGCGAGCAGCAGCUGAGCGAGCCCGAAGACAUGGAGAUGGAAGCUGGAGAUGCCGACGACCCACCAAGAAUCACUCAAAAUCCAGUCAUCAAUGGGAAUGUAGCGAUGGCUGAUGGCCACAACAACACGGAAGAAGACAUGGAGGAUGACACGAGCUGGCGCUCAGAAGCAACGUUCCAGUUCACAGUUGAACGUUUCAAUCGGCUGAGCGAAUCGGUCCUGAGCCCCCCCUGCUUCGUGCGGAACCUGCCGUGGAAGAUUAUGGUGAUGCCGCGACUUUACCCGGACAGGCCGCACCAAAAAAGUGUAGGAUUCUUUCUUCAAUGCAAUGCUGAGUCUGAUUCCACGUCGUGGUCCUGUCACGCUCAAGCUGUCCUCAAGAUAAUAAAUUACAAGGACGACGAGAAAUCUUUCAGCCGCCGGAUUAGCCACUUGUUCUUCCAUAAAGAAAACGACUGGGGCUUUUCCAACUUCAUGUCAUGGAGUGAAGUUACUGAUCCAGAUAAAGGCUACAUAGAAGACGACAAAGUCACUUUUGAAGUCUGCGUUCAAGCCGAUGCCCCACACGGCGUGGCGUGGGAUUCCAAGAAGCAUACAGGCUACGUGGGGCUGAAGAACCAGGGAGCAACCUGUUAUAUGAACAGUUUAUUACAGACACUAUUUUUCACAAACCAGCUGCGAAAGGCUGUGUACAUGAUGCCCACAGAAGGAGAUGACUCAUCGAAAAGUGUUCCUUUAGCAUUGCAGAGGGUGUUCUAUGAGCUUCAGCAUAGCGACAAACCUGUAGGAACUAAGAAGCUAACCAAAUCGUUUGGAUGGGAGACUUUAGACAGCUUCAUGCAACAUGACGUUCAGGAGCUGUGUCGGGUGUUGCUUGAUAAUGUGGAAAAUAAAAUGAAAGGAACAUGUGUAGAGGGCACGAUUCCUAAAUUAUUCCGAGGCAAGAUGGUGUCUUAUAUCCAAUGCAAACACGUAGACUAUCGGUCUGAACGAAUAGAGGAUUAUUAUGAUAUCCAACUAAGUAUAAAGGGAAAGAAAAACAUAUUUGAGUCGUUCAUUGACUACGUUGCAGUGGAACAGCUGGACGGGGACAACAAGUACGAUGCUGGGGAGCACGGCUUGCAGGAAGCGGAGAAGGGGGUCAAGUUCCUCACGCUGCCCCCCGUGCUGCACCUGCAACUCAUGCGGUUCAUGUACGACCCCCAAACUGACCAGAACAUCAAGAUCAACGACAGGUUUGAGUUUCCGGAUCAGUUGCCUCUCGACGAAUUUUUACAAAAAACUGACCCUAAAGAUGCAGCCAACUACAUUCUUCAUGCAGUGCUUGUACACAGCGGAGACAACCACGGCGGACAUUAUGUUGUUUACUUGAAUCCAAAAGGCGAUGGGAAAUGGUGUAAAUUUGACGACGACGUUGUGUCUAGAUGUACAAAAGAAGAAGCUAUUGAACAUAACUACGGCGGCCACGAUGAUGACCUGUCUGUACGGCAUUGUACGAAUGCCUACAUGUUGGUUUACAUCAGGGAGACCAAACUAAGUGAAGUCCUGCAGCCGGUCACGGACCAUGAUAUCCCUCAGCAGCUAGUGGAAAGGUUGCAAGAAGAGAAGAGAAUAGAGGCUCAGAAGAGAAAGGAGAGGCAGGAAGCCCACCUCUACAUGCAAGUGCAGAUAGUCACAGAGGACCAGUUUUGUGGCCACCAAGGAAACGACAUGUAUGAUGAAGAGAAAGUGAAAUACACGGUGUUCAAGGUGUUGAAGAACUCGACGCUGGCAGAGUUUGUUCAAAACCUUUCUCAGACCAUGGGGUUUCCUCAAGAUCAGAUUCGGUUGUGGCCGAUGCAGGCCCGAAGUAAUGGAACGAAACGGCCAGCGAUGUUGGAUAACGAAGCGGAUGGCAAUAAAACUAUGAUUGAGCUUAGCGACAAUGAAAAUCCGUGGACUAUAUUCCUGGAAACGGUAGACCCAGAAAUGGCCGCAACGGGAGCAACGUUACCCAAGUUUGACAAAGACCACGAUGUCAUGUUGUUCCUGAAGAUGUAUGACCCAAAGACACGGAGUUUGAAUUACUGUGGACAUAUCUACACACCGAUAUCCUGUAAAAUACGUGACUUGCUGCCGGUUAUGUGUGAGAGAGCAGGAUUUCCCCAAGAAUCUAAUCUUAUCCUCUAUGAGGAAGUUAAACCGAAUUUAACGGAGAGAAUCCAGGACUAUGACGUGUCGCUCGACAAAGCUCUUGAUGAACUCAUGGAUGGCGACAUCAUUGUGUUUCAGAAGGAUGACCCCGAGAAUGAUAACAGCGAACUUCCCACCGCAAAAGAGUACUUCCGAGACUUGUACCACCGAGUCGACGUCAUCUUCUGUGACAAAACCAUCCCCAACGACCCGGGCUUCGUCGUGACGUUGUCCAACAGAAUGAAUUAUUUUCAGGUUGCGAAGACAGUCGCCCAGAGGCUUAACACAGACCCAAUGCUGCUGCAGUUCUUCAAGUCUCAAGGUUAUAGAGAUGGGCCAGGUAACCCUCUUAGACAUAAUUAUGAUGGAACUUUAAGAGAUCUUCUGCAAUUCUUCAAGCCUAGGCAACCUAAGAAACUCUACUAUCAGCAGCUCAAAAUGAAAAUCACAGACUUUGAAAACAGGCGAAGUUUUAAGUGCAUAUGGCUAAACAGCCUCUUUAGGGAAGAGGAGAUAACACUGUAUCCAGACAAGCACGGCUGCGUACGAGACUUAUUAGAGGAAUGUAAAAAAGCUGUAGAGCUCUCGGAGAGGGGGUCGGGGAAGUUAAGGCUGCUAGAAAUUGUAAGUUACAAAAUAAUCGGUGUCCAUCAGGAAGAUGAAUUGUUAGAGUGUUUAUCACCAGCAACCAGUCGGACGUUUCGAAUAGAGGAAAUCCCCCUGGACCAGGUAGACCUAGAUAAGGAGAAUGAGAUGCUCAUCACGGUUGCUCAUUUCCAGAAAGAGGUUUUCGGGACAUUUGGAACGCCUUUCUUGCUAAGGAUACACCAGGGUGAACACUUUCGGGAAGUGAUGAAGAGGAUCCAGGCCGUGUUGGACAUCCAGGAGAAGGAAUUUGAAAAGUUUAAGUUUGCUAUCGUAAUGAUGGGUCGGCACCAGUAUCUAAAUGAAGAUGAAUAUGAAGUGAACUUGAAAGAUUUUGAGCCCCAACCCGGCAACAUGUCUCACCCCCGGCCGUGGCUAGGGCUUGACCAUUUCAACAAAGCCCCAAAGAGAAGUCGCUACACGUACCUUGAAAAAGCUAUUAAAAUCCAUAACUGACUGACCCUCUCCCGUUUGUUCGAGGCAAAAAAAAAAGAGAAAAAAGGAGGAGGAGGAGG